GACGAAAGAAGUUCCACCCCCACUGCCAUGGCUUCGACGGAGCAGCCUCCGAAGAAGCGAAAACUGUACGACCUGCUGCAACCAUCUUCACCGCAACCGCCAUCAACGGCAGAGCCACAGCCACCGGCGCCUCACACGAGUGCGAAUGUACCUACUACAACCCUAUCGCAGGAAGAAAUUGCCCGAAAGCGGAGAAAUCAAGAGGAGAUUGCCAACUUCUACGAGUCUUACAAGCGUCUUAAGUAUUGUAUUUCUCAGAAGGAUGCUCGUCUCAUGCCCGAACUUGAACAGGCUUAUCUCUCCCUCAUCACCGCCUCCAGAGGUUGCACGAGUGUUCAACGCCUUGUAGCAGAGUUUGUCCCCAAAUAUGCAUCAUGUUGCCCUACUGCUCUUGAAGCAGCAGCAAAAGUUUGUAUCAAUGUACAUAACUGGAGCAUGGCAAUCAUAAACAGAGGUGAAGAUGCUGAUGGUUUUUCAUUUGGAACUGCUAAAAUCAGUAUAUUUGGUCUGGCUACUAUCUGUCAAGCUGCUUCAUCAGAGACACCAACAUCCUCUGUUAUUCAAGGCAUCUGUUCAGCUGUAUUUCUCAAUGUUCUAACCUUCUUUAUUUCAUCAUUUGAGGGACAAGGAAUCUUCCAGAUUGUAAACAAAGACGUUGCAAACAUCUUUGAUUCUCCAAAAACAUUCUCUGAUCUCAAAGAAAAGGUUUCUAACGAAAAUGAAUCUCCAUCUGUCAUAUUAUCCAAGUUUCGUGCAUUAUGUAUGCUAUGGAUUUUCUUUACCUGUCCUAGAAAUUCACUUGCAGCAUGCUUUGAGCUUUGUACUUCUAAUUCAAUUUCAACCGAUGCUGUUCCUGUUCCCAAUGGGGGACUGUAUUUUCUUAAUCAGUCAAAAGCAUUAGCAAAUCAACUCCAUCUAACAUUGUGUCUGACAUCACCUCUGCUUUUUGAGAAAAUAUUAGAAGAGGUGAAGUCAGGGGACAAACAAGUGGACAGCGAUGGAGACGAUACAAAUUCUUCCAAAAAUACCCCUAGGCAGUUUUUAGUUCCUAGAACCUCAGAAGCUUCUGUUAGAGAAGGAUCAAUAACAUCCAACACAAGUUCCAACAACAGUGGAGGCCCAAAAUCUAUGGACCUAGACUCUGUAGACCACAAAGAGUUCCCCCACGCCAGCUCAUCAACUCCCCGGGACCCAUUCGAUGGAAGAAAUCAAACUGGGAAUAAUAGAACAUUCGAAUCACCUAACAAACAUCAUGUAACUCCGUUGACCGGUCAACCGAGUUGGCUCGGUGACGGGGACCGAGCCGCAAUGGAUGUUUACACCGCUUCAAGACAGCUUUGGGUAGGGUCGUUAGGUGGGCCCGACUCAUCUGAGGGACAUUUUUUAGAUAUAGGCGUAGGCACAAGAGGCGAUAUAAAUGGUGUGGCUGUUGGGUGUAGCUGUCAUGUGUAUGUUGGAAACAUUCAAAGCCAGUUGGAGAAAGAUGAGAUAUUGUAUGAAGUAAGGAAAGUAGUUUUUAAGGGCCCAGUUGCAGUUAAUGAGCUUAUGAGUGAAGGUGCUUUGUUGAUGGAGUUUGGGUCUCCUGAAGAGGUUGCCACAGUUAUUGGACAUCUUAGACAUUAUCGUAAAGAUAAAACCCAAAGGGAUUCUGUUACUUUCCAAUCAAACAAUAUGCAAUACCAAAAUUGGACGUAUAGGAAUAAUCCGGAAAGUGUAUCGCUAUCACACAUGCAGGGGCAUUAUGGUCCACCACCAUCACACUCACAGCCGAUACAAAUGAGACCUAUGUAUUAUCCUCCUCCUCCGACAAAUAGCUCGUGGGGGGACCCACAGCCACAUGGGAUGAUCCAUCAUCAUCAUGUGGCAGCACCUCCUCCUUUCUUGCCUCCUCCUCCUGCUUCUGUAACUCCACUCACUCAUAAUGCAUUGCCACCGCCGCAUCAUGAUCAGAUGUAUUAUGUGCCACCUCAGCCUGACGUGGGACCACCUCCAUUACCUCCUCAGUUAACCCUGCCACCGCCAUUACCAUUACCACCACAACCAAAUAUGCCGCCUCUGUUACCGAUUCAUCCGGAAUUACCGCCACCAUUGCCACCGUCUCCACCUCCUUCGUUCGAGUCUCAGCCACCGCCUCCGCCGCCACCGGCGGUUGAGUCUCCGAUGAUGGGAAGUCACUGGCAGGGGACAUUGAGUAAAAGCGGGGUUCACUACUCUACAAUACAUGCACGGAAACUGCAUUCAGAUGUCUGCAAUUAUUCGGAUAAUAAUAUCUCAGAGCCUACAGAAUGGCCUGCUAAACUAGAUAUAACAAAGCGGACUGAUUUUAGACAUGUGAUGUCAACAUUUUCUAGCACCCCACCACACAAGAGAGAGGUAUGCCAACUCCUCCCAAGUUCUGCUGCUGACCACAAAGGGUUUCAAGAUUUUAUAUCAUACCUGAAGCAAAGGGAGUGUGCAGGAGUGAUUAAGAUUGGGACUACUAGAACCAUAUGGUCAAGACUUGUGUUCAUUCUUCCUUACUCGCAUGAGACUUGCUCUCUUCUCUCCAUUGCCCCUGAUACACCAGACUGCCUCAUUGCUCUUGUUCUACCUAAAGAAACCAAUUUUGAAUGGGUAUAAUAGUAAUUAACCAACUAACUCUAGCUACUACACGAUGGACAAUGGUUUUCACUGUGUUCUUGUUUUGUACAUACGUAAAGCUGCCAUUGUAUGUAUGCGUUUAGAGAUUUUAAGUUCAAAUAGAAUGGGUACAAUUUUAGGUUGGUAUGCAUUUUUAUCAAUUUUGGGUUUGACUUAACAAAGUCUGAUUAACCACACCUAUUGAAGUUUGGAAGUGAAAGAUGAAAAGGACAAUUGUAGAGAUUCUAAAGAUUAAAAUUGUAAUAACCAUCUACAGAAUGCUUUUCUUAUACAAAGCAUUAUUAUGAUUAGUUGAUAACCAAAAG